AUGUCUUCCUCAUUCACAAUCAAAGCAUCACCUAACACGGACAUCUGGCGGAAGCCCCCUUCCACAGAUGUGUUCACCGCUCCCCGCGGUGCCGCUGCCGACACCAAGACCACAGCGCCGCUGUCGUCCUUCAGGUCGGCCCGCGUGUCCUUCCUGCUCCACCCCAAGGAGCAAUACGACCAGGCCGGCCUCGUGCUGUCCCUCAAGUCCCCCGGCGCCACGGGGCCCCUCCCCGGGGACUCGCCCCCCAAGUGGCUCAAGACGGGCGUCGAGUACUACAACGGGGUUCCCAAGGCCGCGACCGUGGCGUGCGACUCGUGGGCCGACUGGAGCCUCGGGGACGUCAAGAAGGGCAAGGACGGCGACUGGGUCACGGUGCUGGUGGAGAACGGGAAAGACGUCCUGGGCAAGAGCUUCUGGGUCUACCAGGUCGUGGGCGGGGAGAAGGUCCCGCUGAGGGAGGUGUGCUGGGUGUUUGGCCACGGGGACCCGGAGAAGUGGGAGCUCAGCGUCGAGGCUUAUGCCUGUCGGCCGGCGAAGGAUGCUGCUGAGCUUGUGGUUGAGUUCAAGGAUCUUGAUGUGCAGUGGGCCUAG